AUGUCUUCCUCCUCUUCUCAUAAGACUUUUCUUUACUCUUUGGCAGUGUGUUCUCUUAUAUUUCAAUGCUAUGCUGAUGGUAACCUGACCUCAACACUUGUUGUAGAUGGUUCCAUAGGAUCUGGAAGGCAAAUUCCGGACACAUUUUUUGGAGUAUUCUAUGAGGAGAUCAAUCAUGCUGGUGCUGGCGGAUUGUGGGCAGAGCUUGUGAGCAAUAGAGGAUUCGAAGCUGGAGGCACCAAUGAUUCCUCAAAUAUUUAUCCAUGGUCAAUUAUUGGAGACCAAUCCUCUAUACUCGUAUCAACUGAUCGUACCUCUUGCUUUGAACGCAAUAAGAAUGCAUUACGUAUGGAGGUUCUUUGCCAAGGGCGCUUAUAUUGCCCUCCCGGUGGCGUUGGUAUCUCUAAUCCUGGUUAUUGGGGCAUGAAUAUUGAGAAAGGGAAGAAGUAUAAAGUAGUAUUCUACGUCAAAGCACUUGAUGCAAUUGAUCUAAGAGUUUCAUUGGUCGGAUCUGAUGAUGGUGUAAAAUUGGCUUCAAGAAAAAUCAGGGCCUUUGGACAAUACGUUUCAGAGUGGAGAAGGAUGGAGACUAUACUGAAAGCAAGGGCUACAAAUCAUAAUUCAAGCCUUCAAAUAACAACAAAGACUAGAGGGGUUGUAUGGUUAGAUCAAGUGUCUGCUAUGCCCAUGGACACUUAUAUGGGUAAUGGUUUCCGAAAGGACCUUUUUCAAAUGGUAGCAGAUUUGAAGCCAAGAUUUCUUAGAUUCCCCGGUGGUUGUUUUGUUGAAGGAGAUUAUCUUAAAAACGCAUUUCGGUGGAAAGAAACGGUUGGACCAUGGGAGGAUAGACCGGGACACUUAAAUGAUAUUUGGAAUUAUUGGACUGAUGAUGGAUUGGGUUAUUUUGAGGGCCUCCAAUUAGCUGAGGAUCUUGGUGCAUUACCAAUAUGGGUCUUUAACAAUGGUCUCAGCCAUCACGACGAAAUUAAAACAGCUGACAUUUUACCUUUUGUGCAAGAAGCACUCGAUGGCAUUGAGUUUGCUAGAGGUUCUCCCACAUCUCAAUGGGGCUCUCUUAGAGCUACCAUGGGACAUCCUCAACCAUUUGACUUGAGAUAUGUUGCUGUUGGAAAUGAAGAUUGUGGUAAGGUUAAUUAUCAAGGAAACUACCUUAAGUUCUAUGAUGCUAUAAGACGUGCUUAUCCAGAUAUUCAGAUAAUCUCAAAUUGUGAUGCUUCUGAAAAACCGUUAAAUCACCCCGCUGAUCUCUAUGAUUUCCAUAUUUAUACAAAUUCUAAGGACAUGUUUUAUAAGUCUACCAAGUUCGAUAAGGCACCACGAUCCGGUCCAAAGGCGUUUGUUAGUGAGUAUGCUGUUUGGCAUGAAGAUGCUAAAAAAGGAAGCCUUUUGUCUGCUGUGGCUGAAGCUGCAUUCCUUAUUGGACUAGAAAAGAACAGUGAUCUCGUCCACAUGUUCUGCUAUGCACCGCUUUUUGCAAAUGCAAAUAACUUGAAGUGGAUUCCGGAUGCAAUUGUAUUUAACUCUUAUCAGCUUUAUGCAACUCCAAGUUAUUGGCUGCAGACACUUUUUAGUGAGUCCAGUGGAGCAACCUUCCUCAAUUCAACACUUCAAACUGCUUCCAACUCACUUGUAGCUUCUGCAAUCAAGUAUAUAAAUUCUGUAGAUAGGAAGAAUUACCUCAGAAUAAAGGUAGUGAAUUUUGGAAGUGGCAGCGAGAACUUGAGGAUUUCUAUAAAUGGAUUGAAUUCAAACGUGCAACUACCUGGCUCGACAAUGACAGUGCUAACCUCAACCAAUGUAAUGGAUGAAAAUUCCUUCUCCGAGCCAUAUAAGAUUGCGCCACGACAAACUUCACUUGACAACGCAAGCACGAACAUGAAUGUCAUUCUUCCUCCACAUUCAGUUACAUCAUUUGAUCUAUUAACAUAG